GCGAACUCCGAAAAGGAAAAUUCAGGUUAAAUAACGUUACUACUGGGUCAUUGGAGAUACAGUCGGCAACUGGAAGGACGCAGGGGACGUAUCGUAAUAUAACUUGUAUAGAAAACCAUGCUGCUUCGUAAAGUGAGCCAGUCCUCGGCACUGUGCGGCUCCAUUCUCAGGAUUCCUCCCGUGCUGUCUGGAGGUCGGCGUCAUACCGGGGCUGUGGUUGCUGUGCAAAAUGCCCGUCUCUACGCAAGCCAAGCUGCAGAGGCAGUGCUGGAGAAGCCUGCAGCAGUCGGCAGUGACACUGCCAGUAAAGUGGAAAAGAAGACCGUUGCUGCUGAAUCCAAAUCAUUUGCUGUCAACAUUUUCAAGGGGCAGAUAGCGACUGCCCAAGUGUUCCCCUACCCCUCAGCCCUGAAUGAGGAGCAGGAGCAGUUUCUUCGAGAGCUUGUGGGGCCUGUCGGCAAAUUCUUUGAGGAGGUGAAUGAUCCUGCCAAGAACGAUGCCUUGGAGAAAGUAGAAGAUCACACCAUGGAGGGCCUGAAGGAGAUGGGUGCCUUUGGCCUACAGGUACCAGCUGACCUGGGCGGCCUCGGCCUAUCAAACACACAGUAUGCCCGGCUGGUUGAGAUUGUUGGCAGUCAUGACCUGGGUGUUGGCAUCACUCUGGGGGCCCACCAGUCCAUUGGCUUCAAGGGCAUUCUGCUUUUUGGGAAUCCAGCCCAGAAGGAGAAGUACCUGCCUAAGCUUGCCACAGGUGAGCAUGUAGCCGCCUUCUGCCUAACUGAACCUGCCAGUGGCUCUGAUGCCGCCUCCAUCAAAACCACAGCUGUUCAGUCCCCCUGCGGACAGUACUUCACUCUCAAUGGAAGCAAGAUCUGGAUCAGCAAUGGAGGUCUGGCGGAGAUCUUCACAGUGUUUGCCAAGACACCCAUGAAGGAUCCCAAGACCGGAGAGAUGAAGGACAAGAUCUCGGCCUUCAUCGUGGAGAGGAGCUUUGGAGGAGUUAGCCAUGGCCCUCCAGAGAAGAAAAUGGGCAUCAAGGCGUCCAACACCGCCGAGGUCUAUUUUGAAAAUGUUCGCGUGCCAGCUGACUGCUUGUUGACCGAGGUGGGCGGAGGUUUCAAGGUGGCCAUGAACAUCCUGAAUAAUGGACGCUUUGGCAUGGCGGCCGCCCUCUCCGGCACCAUGAAGGGAGUCAUCACCAAAGCUGUGGAUCAUGCAGCCAACAGAACCCAGUUUGGGAACAAGAUCCACAACUACGGAGCCAUCCAGGAGAAGAUAGCUCGCAUGACCAUGCUGCAAUAUGUCACCGAGUCAAUGGCCUACAUGAUCAGCGGUAACAUGGACAGUGGAGCGACUGAAUUCCAGAUAGAAGCUGCCAUCAGCAAGAUCUAUGCCUCUGAAGCAGCAUGGACUGUAACUGAUGAGUGUAUUCAGAUUAUGGGCGGCAUGGGUUUCAUGAAGGACGCUGGAGUGGAGAGGGUGAUGAGGGAUCUGAGAAUUUUCCGAAUCUUCGAGGGCACCAACGACAUCCUGAGGCUCUUCGUGGCCCUUAAUGGCUUCCAGAAUGCUGGUAACCAGUUGAAGAGCUUACAGAAGGCCCUGAAGAACCCCCUCGGCAAUGCUGGGCUGCUCGCAGGAGAACUCACCAAGAGAGCCAAAAGGAAGGCAGGUUUGAGCACAGGUCUGACACUGCAGGGAACUGUACAUCCUGAGCUGGCACAGAGCGGUGAACUGACCACUAAAGCCAUCGAACAGUUUGGAGCGGUCAUCGAGGAGCUGCUGAUCAAACACGGCAAGAAGAUCAUUGAUGAACAAUUUGUCCUGAAGAGAGUCGCAGACACUGCCAUCGACCUCUACGCCAUGGUGGUGGUCCUGUCCAGGGCUUCACGUUCUCUCAGUCAGGGCAAUGCCUCAGCUCAGCAUGAGAAGAUGCUGUGUGAGACCUGGUGUGUGGAGGCCCAUGAUAGGAUCAUGCAAGACAUCAAGAGUCUGCGCUCCAGUCAAUCCAGACAGCUCUUCAAGAACUUGCGGGCCAUCUCUUCAGCCGUGGUGGAAAACGGAGGAGUGGUGGCUCCUCACCCUCUGGGUUUCUAAACGCACCACGCUCUUCACAUAUCUUCACGUAUCUCCAUGUCUUGUUUUCUUUUUUCUGCAUCUCCAACCAGGUUCAGGGUCAUCUAUGCCAAGUCCUCUCAGACUUUACAGAUUUAUUAUAGCCACAUUUGCUCCAUCACACAUCGGUACCCUAGUGUGUUCUUUGUGUUAAUAAGCUCAUAUAGUGAGUUGCACAACUUUGGGCCGAAUGAAUCAUUGGUUUUACACAGAAAUCACAGUUUGAAACAGUUAUCUUGAUUGCAUUCAAUUAUAGUGUCCGUGUGAACCUGUUUUUCUGUCACUUAUUUAUUUAAUUCUGACUCAAGCCCUCUGGAAUUUGAGCUGAAGUUUUAAUCUAUAUGAAAUGAGGAUUACUUAAAAUUGGCUGGGACAGAUGGGUCAAUAGGACAGAAAAAUUACUAUUUCCACAAAUGAGUCAGCCCUACUACCAGCUGACAAAUAAAUACGUCAAUGCAACUUUGAGAUAGAGGCCAGUUAACAGAAGAAGCUUUAAACUUAAUUGGUUGGUAAUUCAUACAGAAACUAGUACAGUGCCCAUUGAAAAUGUGCCUGUUUGGAACGGGCCGAUUGCUUGGCCUGUGGUAUUCCUGCUUGUAGAAUUCUUCAAAACCAAGUUGUACCCCAAAAUUACUUACAGAAGGACCCCAAACCACUUAUUAUGCAACUCCACUGCAUAGCCUAUUACUGACCUACAGUGUAGGCUACUUCUACAUCAGAGGAAGACAUUAUACUUCUAUUUUACCUGACAACAGAGAAAGUUGCAGAUUCAGAAUGUAAUCCCAAAAUAUCACAAUAAAAAGGUGGAGUAAUCAGACAUUCUAAGUAAGUUAGCAGUAGACUUAAUUAACCUGACCCAGGGUGAGUCUGAUGAAAACGGCUGUGUUCAGAAGUGAAUGUAGACUACACCUCCCAGCAACUUAAUACUAUAUAGUGUCUGGCUUAUAUCCAGCAAACAUGUAGCUAACGUUGGAAGCCGGAAAAGAGUCAAAGGUGGUAACCCCCCCCACCCCCCACCCGUACAGGGUUCUGCAUGUGUGACUUGCAGGUUACCUUACCCCCAAACACAGACAUACAUACAUACAGAUACGUCUCGCUUUAUUAGAUGUGUUUGGCAUAGUGUUCAAAUGUAUAUAAUGGUGUGGUGUUUAUGUACUUGAAUGCCUUUUUGCAUGGUGAGCUCAUCAGUGCUCAUCACAGAAACAUUAAUGUCAGGAGGAGCAACACCUUUGCCUUAGAAACCGGUCCACAGAUGCUGUUGGAAGUUCCUGUUGUGACUUGAGUCAAACAGAGCGCUUUAAAAAAAAAAAAAAAAAAAAAAAAAAAAAGUGCAACCUUACUAUUUACUAAUGGCCAUCACAUUAACGUCCAAAAGUGCAAGUGGUCAUUUUCUUAGCUAAAGGUAGCAGGCAUCAUUAACUGUAAAUAUAGCUAAUUAACCGUCAGUCUGCAUACCUGGACUUUUAAGAAAUCAUUGCUUGUACACUAAAAUGCACUUAAUGGUUUGUUAGUCUUCCGUUUCAAAGCAUUCAUUAAAGUUAAGUUUGGACUGCACAUUCUUGCCUUUCUAUAACUCGUACUGUGACAAACAUUGCUGCUUUUCAGUCAGGAAUCUGUUUGAUCACUUAAUGUUCAUUGUGUGGAUUUAAUAUGAUCAUAUGCUUCUUUUGUUAACUAAAAAAUAAUGCCUCAACUGUUGGAGUCACAGUAUUUGUACAGAUCUACUUUGAGAUUUUUGGUUUAACAACACAUUGGAUUAUUAUUUUGAUCAAUAAAUAAAGUAUCCAUUCAUCUGCCUA